ACCUCCAAAUUUUAUUCAUAUCAAAAAGCUUCUAGAAUUUUAUUUUUAAAUUACAAUGGAAAGUAAUAUUGCUUCCAGAAUCAAAGAUGUCGGUAAUUUUAUUUUCCUUGCCUUGAUUCUUCAUGGAAUUGGAAUCCUUAUCCCUUGGAAUAUGGUCAUUAACUCUGGAAAUUUUUACAUUAACUACAAGUUAAAAUCGGAAACCAAUUCAACCUCAGAUCUUCCAGAGUUAACAUGGAUAAGACAAAAUUUCUAUUCUAUCAUUGGAACAUCUUCUCAAACACCUAAUCUACUUGUUACUGCUGCGAAUAUUUAUUUCCCGGCAAAAGGUGGUUAUAAAGGUUUAACCAGAAGAAUAACUUUCUCUAUGAUUGUUAUGAUUGUGACCUUAUUGUUAAAUAUAACCUUCGCCUUAGUUGAUAACAGUUCAUGGAAAUUAACUUGGUUCGCAUUACAAUUAAUUAUAUUUGUCGUUCUUUACGUUGCCAAUGGAAUCUAUCAAAAUUGUGUCUACGGAAUUGCCGGUAGAUUACCGAUGAAAUAUUCUAAUGCUGUUGUUAUUGGGAGUAAUGUUUGUGGUUCUCUAGUCUCAAUCAUGGCAAUUGUUUCACAUGCUAUCUCACCGAAUCCAUUACAAGAAGCAAUUAUUUACUUCUCAAUUGCUACGUUAAUUGUGAUCGCCUGUUUUAUUGUUCUUUUCUUCCAUGAAUCGAAUGCAUUUUAUAGUUACUAUAUGGAGAAAAGUGAAGGACCGGAACAAUUGGCCUUAACUAAUGAGAAAGUAAUCCAAGAUGAAUCGAUCCCAUAUCGUCAAAUAUUUGAGAAAAUUUCUGUUAUGUGUUUCAAUAUAUUUUUUGUAUUUUGGGUAACCCUGUUUGUUUUCCCUUCGAUUACGGGUAAUGUUGAUCCAUACGAUAAAGUGUUUACCAGUGAGAGUAAAUGGUUUGGCCAAAUAUUUAAUUUCCUAUUUUUCAACGUUUCCGCCAUGAUUGGUAACCUAUUCCCUGAAUAUCUACCCAGCACCAAUAUAUCACCUCAUCGAGUUUGGAUUUAUGUUGUAGCUCGAACCAUUUUUAUCCCAUUCUUUUUCUGUUGUAAUUAUUUAACCGGAGUUCGAAGUUUACCCGUUCUGUUUGGUGAUAUUGCUUUCGCCGUAGGUAUUGUCCUAUUUGGUUUCACCCAUGGUCAAGGGUCAAGUUGGGCUAUGAUGUAUGCACCCAAAUUUGUUGAAGAUAAACACGCUGGAGUCGCCGGUAUGAUAACAGCGUUUUUCCUGGUUAUGGGUCUAUUUGCUGGUGUACACACGGGAUUUGCUGCUCCAUUUAUUGUUCAACUCUAGUUAAUUGUUAUCGAAAAACUGAAAUCAUCUUAGUCUAACAUAUUGAUUAUGCUCAAGCCAAAACUGGACAAAAUUAACUGAAAGUCACCAACAAAGAGCUUAAUCAUAGAAUCCGAUGAAACUUUUAUACUUCAAUAUUGAUUCUCUUAAUCCAAUUUUAAAUCUCUAAUCUUUUCUUAAUUGUUAGUUGCCUUGAGAAACCUCUUUACUAAUCAAAGGUAAAUUGAUUUAUAAAGUACAACAAUCUAUUAAUAUUUAAAACAAAUCUCAAUGUUAUCGAGAGCAACCUAAUCUUUGACAAAUCAACUUUUCUACUUCAAAAAUUUAUUAACUAUCAAAUUUAAAUCAAUUUUUCAUGCGAAACAAAUGAGAUAUGUACUUUUUAUGUAAAUUAACACUUAAUUUGAAUGGGAAAUUAAAAAAUUAUAAUUAAUUAGUUGAA